AUGCCCGCCCAUACGGCCGUUGCUUCUACAUCCAAUGACGCUCCCAGCGCCGCUACCGUGGCAGCUCAGUCACGCCUGGAGAUGUGGCUCAAGUUCUGCUCGGACGGUACUUUCGAGAAGAUUGCAGGGGCUCCUCGAGCGUUCUUUAGAGACAAUCGCUCAAUGACUGAUUCCCAGCUUGCCAAAGAGGUGGCCCGGAUGGAGCUCCCGGUUGCUUAUGAGAAGCCCACUGUCACUGGUGUUUCUCUGCCUCCAGAUGAGACCACCUCAACCACCGAAGAGACCAUGGCUGUUGAUGUUGGCGCGUCAGCUUUGCCCAUCAAGUCGAUGAACACUGAAAGCUUCAAGGCUGCCACUGCUGGAACAAAGUUGCCUGGUUCAGUUGACAAGAACGUUGGAUCGAAGCCAACCAACACGAACAUCGCCCCAGCUCAUAUUGGCAACCCUGCUGCGAUGGACGAGACUUUGAAUCAGUUUCUUCUCGCAGCAGAUCGGCCCAUAAGCGUCGCAAGUGGAGCUUUGACGAAGAUGAGGAAGUUCUCGUCGACCUCAAGCAGAGAAGUGAAGAGCUUUAUCGUCAGAUAG